AACCCGGGAGGUGGGUGGGAAGAAAGGGAAAGGCAGCGACCAAUCAGUAUUCUCUUUGCCCGAAGCGGAAGCUGCCGGGAAAGCUUUACAGACAGACGCAAUCGAUUUCGGAAAGCGAGAGCCUUAUGGAAAGGCAGGCGAGAUAAAUCGAGUCGAGAGACAGAGUGGAGCGCUUGAAAGCGGACGUGGAAAGGGACGGAGAUGGUGUUGUACUAGAAGGCGGGCUGGUGCGCAUUGCAGAGAGGCAGGUAUAAGCACUUGGUUUUCCUACUCGCAUCUGGAACAUGGAAGAAAACAGAGUAAUGGUUUCUUCUCCGUUUGAACUUCACCUAGUGCACUUGGAUCUCAAGGGUGCUCCACCAAAGGUCUCGUACCUGGCAGAGAUCUUCCCAUUGUUCCAUGCCCUGGGUGCAAAUGGCAUUCUUCUUGAAUAUGAGGAUAUGUUUCCGUAUGAUGGGGAGCUGAAGCCACUCCGAGGAAAUGAUGCAUACAGCUCCUCUGAGAUUAAAGAGAUUUUAAAGCUGGCAAAGUUACAUGAGCUAGAGGUAGUUCCUUUGGUACAGACCUUUGGACAUAUGGAGUUUGUCCUGAAGCACAAAGAAUUCUGUCACCUACGGGAAGUAGCAAUGUUCCCCAACACUGUGAAUCCCCAUAAAGAGGAAUCCCUGAAGCUUGUCAGCGCAAUGAUAGAGCAAGUGCUAGUGCUGCAUGGUGAUCUUCAGUGGUUUCACAUUGGCUGUGACGAGGUGUAUUAUCUGGGUGAAGGGGAGGAGUCCAAAGAGUGGCUGCAGCAAGAAGAAAAUACGAUAGAAAAGCUGUGCCUGACCCAUAUGAAAGCUGUGACCAGCCAUGUGGUCUCAGCCCACCCCACAGUGAAACCUAUUGUGUGGGAUGACAUGCUGAGGGGAAUGAGCGAAGAAACAUUGAGAGAUUCUGGGAUAGCACAGCUUGCAGAGCUCAUGAUCUGGGACUACUCUCCUGAUCUCGAUGUGGAUAGUAAAGCAACUCUUAUAAAAAAGUAUCAGAAGUGUAACUUCUCAAAGCUGUGGUUUGCUAGUGCUUUUAAAGGAGCCACUGGAGUGAACCAGUCUCUGACACUUAUUGGGCACCACCUUAAAAACCACCAACAGUGGCUGAAAGUGGCUGAGAGCAGUCCUGCUGGGAUCAUCCGAGGGAUCGCCCUGACUGGCUGGCAAAGGUAUGACCACUUCUCUGUUCUGUGCGAGCUUCUGCCUGUAGGAAUCCCAUCGCUAGCCAUAUGUCUCCAGGCACUAAAGAACGGUGGCUAUUCGGAAAAAGUGAAAGAAGAUGUAGAAAAAUCCCUGGGGAUCUCCAGUUUGGAAAUAGACACGUUCAUGAGUGACAUCUCGGGGACUUUCCCAGGAAGUGAAAUUCUCUCGCUUGUGACCCAAAUUACAUUCUACCUCAAAUCCUCUGUGGAUGAACUUCUGGAAAACAACAGGUAUGUCACAGGCUGGUUCAGCCCCUACCACAGAAAGAGGAAGAAGAUCCAUCCUAUAAUGAUUCAUCAUUUUCAGCCAGAUGCACUAAGGCUUUUGACCAAAUGGACUACUGUGACCCAGGAACUUCAAACAGCUAUGGGAAAGAUCUUCUUUAUGUCUGCUACAGAAGAAUGGAUGGAGGAGAAUGUCCAACCCAGUCUGCAAAAACUUCAGGGAACAGUAGAAGAUCUGGACAGAGCAAUAAAGGCACUAUCAUAGCACUCUUACAGACAGCUUUUACCGAUUUGAGGCCCAGCAUGGUACAACUAGCACCAUGCAGCUAGACUAGACUAGCGUGUGUAAACAGGGGAGAUGUUCUUCAGGUGUUGAGAUACACCUAUUGCACUAACAGGCUUGGAAUUAAUCUUAAAAUGAAAUUUUGAAGAUAUAGAGACUCUGCUCUCUUCGCUUCCUCUGAAACUGCACCAGCAAUCGCACUGUACAUAUACGGUUCCACAUGUUCCACCGUGUACAAGUGAGAGCAGGCUUCAAGGUUCCUCAUGGCUUUGUUCUUAAGAUGGAUCUCAGACUUUACAAAUUAAAAACCUGUGCACAGACACUUUAAAUAAAUCUAAAGUUGCACAAUCCA